GGGCUGCUCCCUAGCAACCACCUAGUAGUCUUCACCAGCAGUUUCUGCAGUGUGGAUCUGCACUCCUGGGCUUCAGCACACACCAGAGUGGUUCACGUGUUUUCUGAUGUUAUGAGAGAGAGUGGAAAAGGCUGCUCGUGAGGGAAGAGUACCCAGAAGCAACUAGACCUCCGCCCCCAUCCUCCUUGACUGACGUCUCUUGGGACCUUUCUUUCCAGAUCAGAAACUGGCAAGUGAGUGAGCCAAGAAGAGCCUGAGAGAGCAUGAACAAGACAGAGUCUUCAAUAUUCAAUCUUCAAUAACCCUGGAAGUAGCAUCCUAUCACAUAUUCUAUUGAUUAGAAGCAAGUCAACAGGUCCAGCCCACACUCAAGGGGAGGGAUUCUACAAAGUUGACUAAGCUUGGAAUUACCUAUCCCAGAGCAAGAGUCGAUGGAGCUGGGCCACUGAGCAGGUACAACCACUUUGCCCAGGGCCCAUCUGAACAGCAAGGAAGACCAGCAGGACACGAACCCCUGGAGAACUGCCCCCAGCCCUUUGGACACCUCCAAGUUCAAGUACCAGGCCCCAGUCUCCCCACAGCCGACUCUGUACCGGGGAGGCAGCCCCCUAAGGCAGGUCCACCUGGAGGAGGUCAGGACUCCACCCCCAUCGAUCAUCAGCAGCGACCGUCUGUCCCCGGGGAUGGACCCCCAGUGUGGGUCCCCGAGGAAGGGAGGCUACAGACCCUCCUCGAGGGAGAGCAGGGCUUCUUUCCGAGAGGGGGCUCAGCUGAACCAGGGGCUGAAGGAAGGCCCCAACACAGGAGCGCAGGGCCAGAGGAGCAGCAUCAUUCCUGACAACAUUCGUCACAAGUUUGGGAGCAACGUGGUGGACGAGCUGGUCUCUGAGGAGCAGGCUCGAAGGGCCAUCGGUGAGGUCUUUGAGGGCCAGAGGAGGGCAAACUCAUGGCCCAGCAGGACCCAGAGUCCCGUGGAAAUCACCUCCAUCUUCUCAGACUACUAUGAUUUGGGCUACAACAUGCGAUCAAACUUGUCUCAAGGGGCCCCCGAGGAGACGAAGAGCCUCAUGAAAGCCUCCUACACCCCAGAGGUGAUUGAGAAAUCAGUGAGGGACAUAGAACACUGGCAUGGCAGGAAGACGGACGAUCUGGGACGGUGGCACCAGAAAAAUGCGAUGAAUAUGAACUUACAGAAAGCACUGGAUGAGAGAUUUGGAGAAAAGAGCAAAAACAAGAGCUCAAAGUAUUAGAUACGACUGGGAAGAGUUGCCCUCCACUCAGAGAAGGCGCUAA